GUUUGUUGUUGUGUUGAACAGCUGAGUGUUGAAUGGGUGGUAGUAUUGGUAGUGUUGGUCGUCACUGACUGAGCGCACAGAUGCUGUUUGGCAACCAAUCAAAGCACCCAAAGACUGGUUUGACGCCUAACCAUACGUACAACACUUCGGGUGCCAUUGUGUGUGAGUGCGUCCAUACAAAGUGGUCACUGAUUUGCAUAUUUAGUGAUCAAUUGAUGUCAAUUGUGUCCAAUACUAGCAAUAAAGCCAAUGAAGAGCACACUUGACGUUAAAUAACAUUAGUCUAUACUAUAGUAGUCUAUAGUCUAUAGACCUAACUAUACAGUCAUAACUGUGUUGUUGUUGUUUUGUAUCCAUUGUUGUUGUAAUUGUGCGUCAAAUUGGUCUCAAGUGUCUAAAUAGUCUUAGUCUUAGCCAUGUCUUCACCAUCAGCUGGAAAGCGUCGGAUGGACACAGAUGUACUCAAACUCAUUGAAUCCAAGCACGAGGUGACCAUUUUGGGCGGUCUUAACGAGUUUUGCGUCAAAUUUUAUGGACCAAAAGGAACUUCAUAUGAAGGCGGAGUUUGGAAAGUUAGGGUCGAUUUACCCGAAAAAUACCCAUUCAAGUCACCAUCAAUUGGAUUUAUGAAUAAGAUAUAUCAUCCAAACAUCGAUGAAGUUUCAGGAACUGUAUGUCUGGAUGUCAUCAAUCAGGCGUGGACUGCAUUAUAUGACUUGUCGAAUAUCUUUGAAUCAUUUUUACCUCAAUUGCUGACUUACCCGAACCCAAUUGAUCCGCUCAACGGGGACGCGGCCGCCAUGUAUUUGCAUAAACCAGAAGAAUAUAAACGCAAAGUACAAGAGUACGUCAAGAAGUACGCCACAGAAGAUGCUCUGAGAGGUGAAGAAGACGAGUCUGAUAGCAGUGAGUCAACAAUGAGUGACUUCUCAGAUGACGAGACAAAAGAUAUGGAGCUCUAACAUAGGCUUAACACAGCUAUCAUCCAAUUAUUAUUGCAUUCAUUCAUGUUUUGGGAAAUCACUUAUUAUUUGGAAAUUUUCCUUUUAUUUUAGUUGCUCUUCAUUUUAUAUGUUGUAUUGCAAGACAACUAUCCAAAUGCUGAUCAAAACUUAUUGUUUUUUUUUGUUUUAAUUAAAAUUCAUCGUAACAUUAAUUAUGUAAUACACAUUCAUUAUGUAAAUUACUUUAAACAUCAUAUAAACAAUUACAUGAUUAUUAUUAUUAAAGUAGAAGUUAUUAAAAUCGGGGCUUUUUUCAACUCUUUAACUAAUGCUUUCUAUAAUGCAUUAUAUCAAACAAUUUCUAUUAUUUGUAUAACUAAUAUCAAUAUAUAUACAGUAAGAUAUAUUUAGGAUUAUAUAUUCAAAUAAUUUUUAUUUAUACU